AUGCCCGCGUCCACGGUCGAUGACGUCGUCACCGUUCUCAUCACCGGCGCGGCGGGGCAAAUCGGGUACGCGCUCGCCCCGAUGGUGUGCGCGGGCGCGGCGACGGGGCCUGGGAAGAAGAUUGCGUUGAAACUGUUGGACGUCGAGUUCGCGAGCGAAGCGCUGCGAGGGGUGAAGAUGGAGAUCAUGGAUUGCGCCUUCGACGCGUGCGUCUCGGUGGACGUGUUCACGGAUUGCGAAAAGGCGUGCGAAGGCGUUGACGUGGCGAUCAUGGUUGGCGGGUUUCCGCGCAAGCAAGGCAUGGAACGCAAGGACGUGCUGGGGAAAAAUGUGGCGAUUUACAAACAGCAAGCGAGCGCGUUGGCGAGCAAGGCGAAGAAAGAUGUGAAGAUUGUCGUUGUCGCCAAUCCCGCGAACACGAACGCGAAAAUUUUGGCGAAAUUCGCGCCGUCGAUUCCCAGAGGCAACGUCACGUGCAUGACGCGGCUCGAUCACAACAGAGCGCUCGCGCAGUUGGGUGAAAGAAGCGGUAAAGCGACGAUAGAGGUGAAGAAUGCGAUCAUUUGGGGGAACCAUUCGUCGACGCAGUACCCGGACGUGAAUCACGCCACGAUCGAGGGUAAGCCCGCGCGGGAGGUGAUUGGAAAUGACGCCUACCUCGACGGCGAUUUCGUAGACGUCGUGCGCGCGCGAGGCGCGGCAAUCAUCGAGGCGAGAAAGUUGUCAUCAGCGCUCAGCGCGGCGAGCUCGGUGUGUGACCACGUGUACGAUUGGAUUCACGGCACAAAAGAAGGUGAAUGGACUUCAAUGGGAGUCAUCUCUGACGGGUCGUACGGCGUCCCAGAGGGGCUGGUGUACUCUUUCCCGGUGACGUGCACGGGUGGCAAAUGGCAAAUUGUGCAAGGGUUGAGCAUCGACGAGCGCUCGCGGAAACUCAUGGACGAGUCCGCGAAGGAGCUUACGGAGGAGUUUGAGUUGGCGGAGCAAUGUUUGGCAGAAUCUGCGUAG